AUGUGGCGAUUGUUUAGCUACUUUCCCAGCACAGGAAAGGAACAGGCGCCACGAAGCCUGCCAGCAUCAUGGUACCGCUCCGAAGCAAUGUACCAGCUCGAGCGGAGAGCCAUUCUCUCCAAACGCUGGAUGCUUCUUACUCACUGUAAUCGAUUCAACAAAGCCGGCGACUACCUUUUCUUCAUUAUCGCCGACUUCUCCUUCUUCCUUGUCCGAGUCCGCGACGGCAGAGUCAACGGCUUCCACAAUAUCUGCCGCCACCGCGCUUACCCUGUCGUCAGGGCCCGGGAGGGGACAGCCCCAAUUCUUACCUGCCGCUACUACGGCUGGUCCUACGGAUUGAGAGGCAACCUCGCCAAAGCGCCUCGCUUCGAGACACUCCCCAACUUUGACAAGUCCGCCAACUGCUUCCAAUCCACGUGCACGUCGACAAGGUCGGCUUUGUCUGGGCGAACCUCGAAGCUAGGGAACCCGAUAUCAAAUGGAGAGACGAGUUUGGCGCUGUCGACCAAGAAGAUCGCGUGCGCAAAUUGA